AUGAAGGGACUUUUCGCCGUGUUAGCCUUGGCCACUGCAGCCUUUGCCCAAGAUUUUGUUCCUCGGUGGGAACAUGAUACUACCACCCUAACAACGUACAUAACAACAACAUACUGCCCAGUGACUACAACAGAGGUUCAGGGUGGCACCACAGCAAUUGUCACAAAAAUGACCACCUCAACUUUGACAAUCACUAGCUGUGUUGGUGGAUGUGGCGGCGGUGUCACCGUUCCUGGACCAACUGCCGUAGCCAGUACUACAACUGAAGUUCUGGUGACCUAUACAACAAUCUGUCCUGUUACUGUCACAAGUACCGCCGCUGGCACAACUUAUACCCAAGUCUUCACCACCACCUCAGUCGUGGUAACAGCAGUACCAACAACCGUCCAAGUCAAUGUUACACCUGCACCGGUGACUAAGUCUCUCGAAACCUGGGUAUAUUCUACCUCAACCACAUUAUGCCCAGUUACAGUGGUCUCGACAAUCUCCGGCGUCCCUGUCACCGUCAUUCACACUAGCACGAGUCUCAUCGUAGCUACUAUUCCUUCCACUGUCCAAGUCAACGUUACACCUACAGAGACCAAGUCUAUUGAAACAUGGGUCUAUUCUACCUCAAGUACAUUGUAUCCAGUCACGGUAGUCUCGACAGUCUCCGGGGUCCCUGUGACUAUCGUCAAAACCAGCACGAGCCUCAUCGUGGCUACUCUUCCUACCACAAUCGUUGCCCACACUACCCAGACUGCUACUGAGUAUCAAACCACCAAGGUUUACGAAACGGAGUCUACCUACGAGACUGCUUACACUACCGUUAGUGCUGGCUCAACAAUUGUCCUCACUGAAACCAACACAAACACCAUCCUGGCCACUCAGACCUACACUGUUACCUCCACAAAUGAAGCACCUACAACAAAGGCCACAGUCAAUAUCCCUAUCACUCUUUCCACUAACGUGCCUUUUACUGAAGUUGUCACGGUCCCAUCUGAAAAGACUGCAACCACCAUUGGCGGCACUGUUUAUAGUACCGUCCCCGUGCCGGUAUCUUCCAUCGUCACCGCUCCUUCUGGCACAACUUUCGUUUCCGUACCCGGGACCACGGUGACGAAUGCCCCGCCUCGUCCAACUACAGCUCCACCCGCAACUACCUCUGCACCUACCCAAGUCAGUUCCAACAUCGCAGCAGCACCCACGAACAACCCAAUUGCCUUCAUUGUCGCUGGUGCAGCGGCUCUUCUUGCCUUCGCAUAA